AUGUCGACCGAAGCCAGCUAUCCGUUGGAGGGAGGAUGUGACUGCAAGGGAGUGCGGUACCAGGUGAAGACGGCUCCCCUGAUAGUCCACUGCUGUCACUGCACCUGGUGCCAGCGUGAAACCGGCUCGGCCUUCGUCAUCAACGCCGUCAUCGAGUCCGACCGCCUCGUCCUGCUCACGGGAGAGACAGAGAUAGUCAACACGCCAUCAGCGAGCGGGAAGGGCCAGGAGAUCGCCCGUUGCACCAGCUGUCGAGUCGCCCUCUGGAGUCACUAUCCCAACACCGGCCGGCUGACGUCCUUCAUUCGAGUCGGGACACUGGACGAGCCGAACUCGCUGCCACCGGACGUCCAUAUCUUCACCUCCACGAAGCAGAAAUGGGUCGUCCUCCCGCCAGACGCUGCUGUGGUAGAGACCUUCUACCAGCUGGACGAGACCUGGAGCAAGGAGAGUCUUGCGAGGAUGGAGGCGCUGAAACCGGCGGUCGAGAGGUACAAGGAGGAUCUUGCAAAGCGCGGUCUCACCCUGUCGUAG